AUGUUGACUCCACCUGAACAAUUUGGAAUUAUCGAAAAAGGCGUUUAUCGUUCAGACAUGUUACAUCCUUCUCAAUUUUCUUUCAUUAAAGCACUUCACCUAAAAACAGUUCUCGUACUAUCGCCUGAAGUUCCCACUCGUGCUGUAACUAACUUCUUAGAGGAUAAUAACAUUAAAUUGGUUCAUUUAGGACUGAGAGUUUGGAAAUUUUGGAAACCGAAUCUUGGUUGGCGACCUGUUAGCGAAGAAUUAAUAAAAGAUGGAUUGGAAAUGGCAUUAGAUGUUGAAAACUAUCCGAUACUUGUUAUGUGCACAUCAGGUAUCCACGAAACUGGAACAUUUGUCGGAUGUUUGCGUAAAUUACAAAAUUGGAAUUUUAACUCGAUUGCUGCAGAGUACCGUUGUUUUGCAGGAAAUAAAGCGCGUUAUGUAAACGAACAAUUUAUUGAGCUGUUUGAUAUGGAUUUAAUCACUCUCCCUCAUAAUUUACCUUCUUGGUUUCUAGAACAACAAAAAUUAUUGCAACAAGAGGAAGUAGAAGAACUCAAAAGUGCAUAA